ACAACACAAGCUAGUCCCGGGUGUUGAGAGACUUAAUACACUAAUAAUACGUCUUUAUUAUUAUCUGAACUCCUGUCCGAAGGCGGUUUUUAAUUUAUGAGCUUCGUGUAGGAACUGCAUUCAGACUGGCUGCCUCGAAAUCCGGAAAUAUCUCCAUAGGCUCCUGUAAAUUGUUGGUGAGCUGACAACAAAGAGCUCGCAGCUGGACGCAGCUGGCAGUGCUGCUGCUCUGAGAGUCUCCUGUUCUCACAGAAACAUACAGGUGAGUAGAUCAAAUUAAGAACCAGGCCGACAUGACGGGAAUGGCCUCUCCGGAGAAGGCGUCCACCUCCAAGAAGAAGGGCGAGAGAAAGUGUGCCAGCAAGGAGGAGUACAGGCAGCUGUCCGGCAUCAUGGGGGUGAUGAACAGCCUGAGGAAACAGGGUACACUGUGUGAUGUGACCCUGGUGGUUCAGGGAAAACACUUUCCAGCCCACAGAGUUGUUCUGGCUGCUGCCAGCCACUUCUUCAGCCUCAUGUUCACCACCAGAAUGAUGGAGUCGAUGUCCCAUGAGGUGGAGCUGAGGAGCGCUGAGCCUGAGAUCAUUGAGCUGCUGAUUGAAUUUAUUUACACCGCACGCAUCUCAGUGAACAGCAGCAAUGUGCAGUCAUUACUGGAUGCAGCCAACCAGUACCAGAUAGAGCCUGUGAAGAAGAUGUGUGUGGAGUUUCUCAAAGGACAGAUUGAUGCGACAAACUGCCUCGGCAUUUCGGCUCUCGCAGACUGUAUGGACUGUCCCGAGCUGAAGGCAGCAGCGGACGACUUCUUCCAGCUUCAUUUCACAGAAGUCUACAAGCUGGAUGAAUUCCUACACCUGGAUGUCAAACAGCUGACGUAUCUGCUGCACCAGGACAAACUAACAGUCCGUGCUGAGGCGCAGAUUUAUGAUGCUGCGGUGCGCUGGCUGAAGUACGACGUAUGCAACAGAAAACAGUACAUGGUGGAGGUGCUGGGGUGUGUCCGCUUUCCUCUGGUCUCCAAAACCUUCCUCUCCAAGACUGUGCAGGCUGAGCCGCUCAUUCAGGACAAUCCGCAGUGCCUCAAGAUGGUCAUCAGUGGGAUGCGUUACCACCUGCUGUCCCUGGAGGACCGCGAGGACCUGGGAGAGAGCAGCAGGCCACGGCGCAAGAAACAUGACUACCGCAUCGCUCUUUUCGGAGGCUCUCAGCCUCAGUCCUGUCGCUAUUUCAACCCCAAGGAAUCCACCUGGACAGACAUCCGCUGCCCCUUUGAGAAGCGCCGGGACGCCACAGCCGUCUUCUGGGACAACGUGGUCUACAUCUUGGGCGGCUCGCAGCUCUUCCCCAUCAAGCGUAUGGACUGUUACAACGUCCUGAAGGACAGCUGGUACUCCAAGCUGGGCCCCCCACCUCGCGACAGCCUGGCCGCCUGCGCCGCCCAGGGCAAGAUCUACACAUCUGGGGGAUCGGAAGUUGGGAGCUCAGCCCUCAAUCUGUUUGAGUGCUACGACACGAGGACUGAGUCGUGGCAGAUCAAAGCCAGCAUGCUGAUGGCGCGCUGCAGCCACGGCUCGGUCGAGGCCAACGGACUCAUUUACGUCUGCGGAGGAACGGUGGGGAACAACGUCUCUGGCAGAAUCCUCAACAACUGCGAGGUCUACGACCCGAGCACGCAGCAAUGGAGGGAGUUGUGUGGGAUGAGAGAAGCCAGGAAGAACCACGGACUGGUGGUGGUCAACAACAGGAUCUACGCUGUUGGCGGGCAGGGGCCUCUGGGCGGGCUGGACUCAGUGGAAUACUACGACAUUGCCAGUAACGAAUGGCGUGCGGCGUCAGCGAUGCCGUGGCGAGGGAUAACGGUGAAGUGUGCCGCGGUCGGGGAUGUGAUCUAUGUGCUGGCGGGGUUUCAAGGCGUGGGGCGACUUGGACACACCCUGGAGUACCACACAGAAACUGACCGGUGGGUGACCUGCAGCAAGGUGCGAGCCUUUCCCGUCACCAGCUGCCUGAUCUGUGUGGUCGACACGUGCGGAGUCAACGAGGACGAGGACAUGGAUCUCAUCGACUCCCAGCCACACGCCGCAUCCGCCGCCUCCUCGGCUGCGUCGGCCUCGUCGUCCUCGUAGCGCAGACAGCAGCAGGGGGUCGCGGUGCUCGUCAACCCGCUGAAGGGAGCCGAUCUUUCACCAAAAUGAUUAUUUCACCCAAACCAGCUCUUGGGUCAAGAGUGAAAUAACUGUUUAUUUAUAAGUGUCUUUUAUAAGUUGUUAGUUUUAAUAAAUAAAUGUUAAUUUUCUUUGACUUUACCUUCUUGAGGCAGACGGGGUUCGGGCAGGAGCCUGAGUGCACUACUGAAACUGAGCACCUCAUUUCUCCACGACGCAAACUGAAUAUCUGGAAAUAGGGUUUGGGUUCCGCUGAUGCCGAGAGACAUUGUGCUUAUGUAGAGAUGUGUUCAGGUAUAAUAUUGUACAUUGUUUUUACUGUAACCUUCUCUAGUUUUCCCAAUUUUCUUUGUAACUUGAAGCUGAUCUAAAACUGUACACACAAUGUAAAUGUGCCACUGGAAAAGAACACACAUUUUUACAGUUAAAAGGCCCCCAAACCUUUUAACGAGAAAAGAUUGUAAAGCAGGAUAUCCAGUUGGAUUGUGUAAAGAAAUUUUAUUGUAAACAGGAUUUAAAACAUUUUUUAUUACAUUUCUUUUCUUUUCUUUUCAGUUUUGUGGCUGGUAAACCUCUUGCUGUUAUGAGUGUGGAUAUAUUUUAUUUUACAGGUAAACAAUAAAGCUGUUUCAGUAAUUCGU